AUGCGUUUCUCCAUCGUCUUCACCACCCUCUCGGCCCUCGCCAUCGCCAACGCCCAGAGCUCCAGCGCUGCUGAGACCACUGCCGCCGCCGAGCCCACCGCCGAGUACAGUAACCCUGCAACCCAGUAUCUCACCGAGACCAACUCUCUCGGUGUUGUGACCGGCCAGCCCGAGGCUGUCACUAGCCAGGCUAGCGUUGUUACCAGCCAGGCCAGCGUCAUCACCUCCCAGCAGCCCGCUGCCUCCAUUCCCGCUGGCCUGACUUCUCCCGUCGCCGGUGUCAGCUCCACCCUCUCCACUGCUACUCGCAGCGGCUCUGCUGCCUCCUCCACUGGCACCGCCACUGGUACCACUACCGGGUCCUCUUCCACCGGCACCUCUACUAGCAGCUCCUCCUCCUCCGAGGACUCUAGCUCCAGUGCCUCUGCUUCCGCCAGCGCUUCCAGCUCUACCUCCGAUGGCGGCGCUGCUGCCAUGGCCACUUCUGGCCCUGUCGGCCUCGGCAUGAUCGCCGGUGCUGCUCUCGUUGCCUUCCUGUAA